UGUUUCACUCUUUUCUUUUAGGACUUUAAUUUUUGGAAGUGAAUAAAACUAGUUUUGGAAGACAAGAUGACUACAGCUGCAGAAAGAAAGUAUAUUAAUAUUAGAAAAAGAUUGGAUCAGUUGGGAUACCGCCAGACUCUGACAGUGGAGUGUUUACCCUUGGUAGAAAAACUUUUCAGUGACCUGGUUCAUACAACAGAAAGUCUUAGGAAAUCAAAAUUAUCUGCUGUGAAAGCUGAAAAAGAAAGUGCCAAUUUUGAUUUUGUUUUGGAACCUUACAAACUUGAAAAUGCAAAAUUGAGCAGGGAAAAUAAUGAAUUAUACCUGGAAUUAAUGAAACUGAGAGAACAAUCGGCCCAACACAUUAAAGAGUUGAAAACUACAUUGAAGGAAAGUACACGUGAAACAGCUGAUCUGAAAUUUCUAAAUAACCAGUAUGUUCAUAAACUCAAACUUUUGGAGAAAGAGAGCAAAGCUAAGAAUGAAAAAAUUCAACAACUUCAAGAAAAGAAUUUGCAUGCUGUUGUACAGACUCCAGGUGGCAAGAAAAGAAGUAUUGCUUUUAGACGCCAGCGAAUGCAAAUUGACCAACCAGUCCCUCCCUCUGAAGUCAGUUCCUACCCAGUUCCUCAGCCAGAUGACCCUUACAUUGCAGACCUCCUACAAGUGGCUGAUAACAGAAUUCAAGAACUUCAACAAGAAGUCCAUAAGUUACAAGAAAAAUUAGCAAUGAUGGAAAGUGGACUGAGAGAUUACAACAAGCAGAUUGAAUUAAGAGAAAGAGAGAUAGAACGACUGUCCAAUGCUUUGGACGGUGGCUGCUCCUCUGAUGUCCUCUCUCUGGAGACUAAAAAUAAAACCAAUGAAAAGAUUAUUGCUCAUUUAAAUAUCCAGGUUGACUUUCUUCAGCAAGCUAAUAAAGACCUGGAGAAGCAUAUACAAGACCUUAUGGAAACCAAGGAGACAGUGACUACUGAAGUUGUUAAUUUAAGUAACAAAAAUGAAAAACUUUGCCAAGAAUUAACUGAAAUAGACCAGUUAGCACAGCAGUUGGAAAGACAUAAAGAAGAAGUGCUCGAGACUGCAGAUAAAGAACUUGGGGAAGCAAAGGAAGAGAUUAAAAGAAAUAUUUCUGAAAUGCGGAAUCUUGAAGAAACAAUGGCAAAACUUCAACUGGAAUUAAACUUAUGCCAGAAAGAAAAAGAGAGACUGAGUGAUGAGCUUCUUAUAAGAUCAGACUUGGAGACUGUUGUUCAUCAGCUUGAACAAGAAAAGCAAAGACUUAGCAAAAAAAUUGAAAGUUUUGGAGAUACAGAAAGAGAACUUACUUUGGAAGUUGAGAGGAUGAGGCUAGAGCAUGGAAUAAAACGUCGAGACAAGUCACCUUCUCGUUUAGAUACAUUUCUGAAAGGUAUAGAAGAAGAACGAGAUUUUUAUAAGAAAGAGCUAGAAAGACUCCAGCAUAUAAUACAGAGAAGAUCUUGCUCUAUAAAUUAUUCUGCACAUGAAAAAGCUUCAACAUUUAAAAUGCUAGAAAAGGGUGAUUACAAUUCUGAAAUUCAUCUGAUCACAAGAGAAAGAGAUGAACUUCAACAUAUGCUGGAAAGAUUUGAGAAACAUAUGGAGGAUAUACAGGCCAAUGUUAAAUUAUUGACAGCAGAAAGAGAUAAACUAAGUGUUUUAUAUCAUGAAGCUCAGGAAGAAUUAUCUUCACUAAGACAAGAAUCCACCCAAAGCACAGUCUCCCAUAAUGUUGUUAGCCUGAUGGAAAAGGAAAAAGAAGUUGCAAUAUCUGAUUUAAGAAGGGUUAUAGCAGAAAAGGAAGCUUUAAAAGACAAGUUAAAAAGUUUCCAGGAAAUGAGUCUUUUUGGAAAAUCAGAAUUAGAGAAAACUAUUGAACAUUUAACAUACGUUAAUCACCAGCUUGAAAAUGAAAACUGUGAAUUAAAGUCUAAAAUGUUAAUAAUGAAAGAAUCAAUGGAAUCAUUAGAGAACAAAGCAAAAUUCCAAGCUCAAAAACUUAGCCAUGUGGCUGGUGACUCAUCUCUUCAUAAAACAGAGAUGAAUUCACUUAGGAUAGUAAAUGAGCAGCUACAGCGGUCACUUGAUGAUUAUCAGCACCGACUUUCCAUCCAAAGAGGUGAACUUGAAUCAGCCGAAGCACAAAUUAAAAUGCUGGAGGAAAAUAUAGGUAAACUACACCUUAAGAUGACUUCACAGGAUCAAGAGGCUCAUGUCAUGAAAAAAACCAUUGGUGUUAUUGAUAAAGAAAAAGAUUUCCUUCAGGAGACUGUAGAUGAGAAGACAGAACAGAUUGCAAACUUGCAAGAAAACCUUGCUAAUAAAGAAAAAGCUAUUGCUCAGAUGAAGGUAACGUUCUCAGAGUAUGAAUCUUCUCUGAACCAACUAAAGGAAACUCUAACUAAUCGGGACCGUGAGAUAAACAGCCUCCUGCGCCAGCUUGAUGCAACUAACAAAGAACUCGAUGAUGUAGGAAGAUCUAAGGAAAUAUCUUGUAAGGAAAAUAGAAGAUUACAAGAUGAUCUGGCUACAAUGGCAAGAGAAAACCAAGAAAUUUCACUGGAAUUGGAAGCAGCAGUGCAAGAAAAAGAAGAAAUGAAGAGUAGAGUUCACAAUUACAUAACGGAGGUGUCACGAUGGGAGAGCUUAAUGGCUGCUAAGGAAAAAGAAAAUCAAGAUUUGUUAGAUAGAUUUCAAAUGCUUCAUAACCGUGCUGAAGACUGGGAAGUCAAAGCCCACCAAGCUGAGGGAAAAAGCAGCUCAGUUCGACUGGAACUUCUUUCUAUUGACACAGAGAGGAGGCACCUUCGCGAAAGAGUGGAGCUUUUAGAAAAAGAAAUUCAGGAGCACAUAAAUGCACAUCAUGCCUAUGAAUCUCAGAUCUCAUCAAUGACAAAAGCCAUAUCUAGAUUAGAAGAAGAGCUGAGACAUCAAGAAGAUGAGAAAGCAACAGUAUUCAAUGAUUUGUCAUCUCUUAGAGAACUCUGUAUUAAGCUUGACUCAGGCAAAGAUAUUAUGACCCAACAAUUGAAUGCUAAAAACCUUGAAUAUGAGAGGGUUGUGAUGGAAUUAGAAAAUGUAAAAUCAGAAUCAGACCUGUUAAAAACACAACUGUCAAGUGAGAGACACACGAUUAAAAAUCUUGAAUCAUUGUUGGCUACAAAUAGAGAUAAAGAAUUUCAUUCUCAUUUAACUUCCCAAGAGAAGGAUACAGAAAUUCAGUUACUUAAAGAGAAGUUAACCCUUUCAGAAAGCAAAUUAACUAGUCAAAGCCGGGAGAACACCAUGCUUCGGGCUAAAGUGGCACAAUUACAAACAGAUCAUGAUGCCAUGAAAAGGCAGAUAUCAACUGAAAGAUAUGAACGAGAACGAGCAAUCCAGGAGAUGCGUCGGCAUGGUCUUCCCGCACCACCCCUUAGUUCUACUCUGAAAUCUCCUUUACAUUCUCCUGAACAUAUAAACUGAUAAUUUUUAGAAAGAAUGUUGACUUUCAAUGAGUUGGCUGUAUGGACUUGUUACAGACAGAACAGUAAUAAUAUAUUUGAAGUACUUGUUCCUGAAAUCAUGAAAAUUGACACAAAUUCUACCUCUUUCAACUUUUAUUUAAAUCAGUGAAUAUUUAUGUAAAAAAUAGUUUAAAAGAGCUAUAUAUCUA